GUCUUGUCUUGGCGCUUCAUUGAUAAUCACCAAUUCUGUCUAAAGGAGAGACGAAAAGUGCCUGCUUAACGGGAAAGAAUAUCUCAAGCAUGGGCAUGAGUAGCUUAAAACUGCUGAAGUAUGUCCUGUUUUUCUUCAAUUUGAUCUUUUGGUUCUGUGGCUGCUGCAUUUUGGGCCUUGGGAUCUACCUCCUGAUCCACAGCAAGUUUGGAGUACUCUUCCACAACCUCCCUUCUCUCACGCUGGGCAAUGUGCUUGUCAUUGUGGGUUCCGUCAUCAUGGUGGUUGCCUUCCUGGGCUGCAUGGGAUCCAUCAAGGAGAAUAAGUGCCUGCUUAUGUCGUUCUUUAUCCUGCUGCUGAUUAUCCUCCUUGCUGAGGUGACCUUGGCCAUCCUGCUCUUUGUGUACGAACAGAAGCUGAAGGAAUACGUGGCUGAGGGUUUGACCAAGAGCAUCCAGCGAUACAACUCAGACAACAGCACCAAGGCAGCAUGGGACUCCAUCCAGUCAUUUCUGCAAUGUUGUGGUGUAAAUGGCACGAGUGACUGGACAUCUGGAGUACCAGCAUCUUGCCCCAAAGGCUCAACUGUUAAGGGUUGCUAUAUACAAGCAAAACAGUGGUUUCACUCUAAUUUCCUGUAUAUUGGAAUCACCACUAUCUGUGUAUGUGUAAUCCAGGUAUUAGGGAUGUCCUUUGCACUGACCUUGAACUGCCAGAUUGACAAAACCAGUCAGGUCCUAGGACUCUGACCUGCUGCUGCCAUGUGCUGGAGAGACUUCUUUCAUCGCUGGAAAUCCAAAACAACUUGUAUCGUGAAGUCCUAAAUGACCACCUCUUGAAUUGGUGUCCUUGUUCUCCCUACCAUCUCUUUCUUAUGGAGUCCCUGACUUACACAACCAGAGAAGAGGGUGUUGGUCAGGCACUUCCCUGACAGGCAGCAAGACAAUCCUUUACUCACUCAUGGCAGUAGCCUUAGCAUUCUUUAAUACCUGAUCAUUUGUCAGACAUGAAAGGGCAAGAGAACCUGUGGUACUAAUGGCUCAAAAUCGAAGGAUGGGUCUGUAGCUUGACUUUCUGCAUCUUUCCAUUGCCAAAAUGUCUCUGGCCUCUAAAUCACACACAGUCCACACUCCAAAGUCAAACAAGAGAUAAGCUUAAGGGAGCUCUGGGGGCAGAUUCACUGGAUCAUUAUCACAAUCCUCUGUUUCCUUUUGACUAGAGGCCUUGGCUACAGGAAUGACAAAAGCACUCU